AAAGCGGCCGCGGGCGCUGCUGCUGGCUGUGGGGCGCGCGGGCGCGGCCGAGGCGGAGCGUGGCGGCGGGAGGACAGGAUGCGAACGCGGCCGCUCUGGGCCGCGGUGCUGGUGCUGGGGGCGUUGGCGGGCAUCGGCGUCGGAGGGCCGAACAUCUGCACCACACGAGGCGUGAGCUCCUGCCAACAGUGUCUGGCUGUGAGUCCCAUGUGUGCCUGGUGCUCAGACGAGACCCUGCCUCUGGGCUCGCCCCGCUGUGACCUGAAGGAGAAUCUGCUGAAGGAUAACUGUGCCCCGGAGUCCAUCGAGUUCCCCAUCAGUGAAGCCAUCAUCCUGGAGGCCAGGCCUCUCAGCGACAAAGGCUCUGGAGACAGCUCCCAGAUCACACAAGUCAGUCCCCAGAGGAUUGCACUCCGGCUCCGGCCAGAUGAUUCGAAGAGUUUCUCCGUCCAAGUCCGGCAGGUGGAGGAUUACCCUGUCGACAUCUACUACUUGAUGGACCUGUCUUACUCCAUGAAGGAUGAUCUGGGGAACAUCCAGAACCUGGGUACCAAGCUGGCCUCUGAGAUGCGCAAGCUCACAAGUAACCUGUGGAUUGGCUUUGGGGCCUUUGUGGACAAGCCUGCGUCACCAUACAUGUACAUCUCCCCACCAGAGGCCCUCCAGAACCCCUGCUAUGAAAUGAAGACCUCCUGUUUGCCCAUGUUUGGCUACAAACAUGUGCUGACGCUAACUGACCAGGUGACCCGCUUCAAUGAGGAGGUGAAGAAGCAGAGUGUGUCACGCAAUCGAGAUGGCCCAGAGGGUGGCUUUGAUGCCAUCAUGCAGGCUACAGUCUGUGACGAGAAGAUUGGCUGGAGGAAUGAUGCAUCCCACUUGCUGGUGUUUACCACUGAUGCCAAGACCCACAUAGCACUGGACGGAAGGCUGGCAGGCAUCGUGCAGCCCAACGAUGGUCAGUGUCAUGUUGGCAGUGACAACCAUUACUCUGCCUCCACGACCAUGGAUUAUCCCUCUCUGGGGCUGAUGACCGAGAAGCUCUCCCAGAAGAACAUCAAUCUGAUCUUUGCAGUGACUGAAGGGGUAGUCAAUCUAUACCAGAACUACAGUGAGCUCAUCCCAGGCACCACAGUGGGGGUUCUGUCUGCUGACUCCAGCAACGUCCUCCAGCUCAUUGUUGAUGCUUACGGGAAAAUCCGCUCUAAAGUAGAGCUGGAGGUGCGUGACCUUCCCGAGGAGUUGUCUCUGUCCUUCAACGCCACUUGUCUCAACAACGAGGUCAUCCCAGGCCUCAAGUCUUGUGUGGGACUCAAGAUUGGAGACACGGUGAGCUUCAGCAUCGAAGCCAAGGUGCGUGGCUGUCCCCAGGAGAAGGAGAAGUCCUUCACCAUCAAGCCGGUGGGCUUUAAAGACAACCUUAUCGUCCAGGUCACCUUUGACUGUGACUGUGCCUGCCAGGCCCAUGCGCAGUCUCACAGCCAGCACUGCAACAAUGGCAAUGGGACCUUUGAGUGCGGGGUGUGCCGCUGUGCGCCCGGCUGGCUGGGGUCCCAGUGUGAGUGCUCCGAGGAGGACUACCGGCCCUCCCAGCAGGACGAGUGCAGCCCCCAGGAGGGGCAGCCUGUCUGCAGCCAGCGGGGCGAGUGUCUCUGUGGCCAGUGCAUCUGCCAUAGCAGUGACUUUGGCAAGAUCACGGGCAAGUACUGCGAGUGUGACGACUUUUCCUGUGUCCGCUACAAGGGGGAGAUGUGCUCAGGCCAUGGCCAGUGCAGCUGUGGGGACUGCCUGUGUGACUCCGACUGGACCGGCUACUACUGUAACUGCACCACGCGCACCGACACCUGCAUGUCCAGUAACGGGCUGCUGUGCAGCGGCCGGGGCAAGUGCGAAUGCGGCAGCUGCGUCUGCAUCCAGCCGGGCUCCUACGGGAACACCUGUGAGAAGUGUCCCACCUGCCCUGAUGCCUGCACCUUUAAGAAGGAGUGUGUGGAGUGUAAGAAGUUUGAGCGGGGAAUGCUAUUUGAGGAAAACACCUGCAACCGUUACUGUCGAGAUGAGAUCGAGUCCGUGAAGGAGCUUAAGGACACUGGCAAGGAUGCAGUGAAUUGCACCUACAAGAAUGAGGAUGACUGUGUCAUCAGAUUCCAGUACUUUGAAGACUCCAGCGGAAAGUCUAUCCUGUAUGUGGUAGAAGAGCCAGAGUGUCCCAAGGGCCCUGACAUCCUGGUGGUCCUGCUUUCAGUGAUGGGGGCCAUUCUACUCAUCGGCCUUGCUACUCUGCUCAUCUGGAAGCUCCUCAUCACCAUCCAUGAUCGGAAGGAGUUUGCGAAAUUUGAGGAAGAGCGAGCCAGAGCAAAAUGGGACACGGCCAACAACCCGCUGUAUAAAGAGGCCACAUCCACCUUCACCAACAUCACCUACCGGGGCACUUAAUGACAAGCAGCUUGGCCUCAGAUCACUGUCAGACUGUCCCAGCGUCUCUGCCCGGAUUGUGGGCAUCUCUGCUGUCGUGUUUACAGGGGGCGAGAUCUGUGGGGUGGGGGUGGGGACUUGGAGUGGGGUGGGGUGGGGUGGGGAGAAUGGCAGUGCAUGGGAGUGUGGAUCCAGGUGCAUGAGUGGGCGAGAGUGCUGAGUGUGUGGGAAGGUGUCAUUUAAAACUUGUGCUGCGUCCCAGAUCAACGGAGCUCCUCGGCCUUUGUCCUCCAAACACCUCCUUCAGGGAUUCUCCCUGCUUAACCCGAGGGUGAUCUAUGGGGCUGAGCAGAUGUUCCUCAUUACCUCAGUGAGAGCGGGCCAGCCUUCUCGGGCCAUUCUCCCUGAAGGGAAGAGCGGGGCCGAGGCCACUCGUGCCAGAGAAAGGGACCUUGACUCCACCCUGAGCUGAUGGUUCUUGGGCCUGACUCUCAGCUGCUGUGGUAGCAACUGCGGGGCUCUGCAGCCUUGUUGUGUGAACUGUACCUCUGCCCCCUCUCCCCUCCCUCUGGCUGAGGGAGAAAUCGGGGAGAGCUGAACCAUCGGAGCUGCCUGUGCCUUUUGCCAUUGUCUCAGUCCAGCAUGGCUCUCUCAGAAGGGGAGCCCUGGCCACCUGAUUCUUGGAUCUGUUGGGAGAGAGGAUGUCAGGGCCACCCAGGGCUCAUGCAUGACCUGGGGGAAUGUGCCAGGCCCCCCCCCCAGUUCAAAAUGAUAACCCCCUCAGACUUGCCCCCUUGGCAGCUCCACUCUAGAGGUCUGUGUGGAAGCAUUUCACCCUGGGACCAGCACCACCUCUUACCUCCUACUCCCACGUUCUCACUGCUGUAGACAUUCGCUGCAUCCCGGGACUUGCACGACCAAAGCUUUUCCUCCCAGGGAGGGUGCUGUGGUCAGAUCCAGAGGUCUGGCCCGCCCUUCAGGCCUGCUGCUCCUUGUCCAAGGCAUCUCCACACACCCUACCCUGUGCUUUUGUGUGCUGCACCCAUCCACAGGGCUGAGUGCAUUUAUCUACCUCCGGGGCGUCUUGUGAAGGAGUCAUUCCCAUGGGUCUCUGAGUCUGCUGGGCCUGAGCGCCAGUGGCCACACAUGCUGAUGGCCCAGUUAUAUCGGCAUGUGUGGCCUGUUCUCCUGAGGGCUGGACCACCUCAUUUUAACUCAGUCAUUAAUCUGAGAGGCCACAAGUGCAAUUUUAUUUUAUUUUUCUCACUGGGGCACCUGAAACCACGAUGAGGCUUGCUUAAAUGGAAGGAACAUGUAUAUAAGCCCACUUGUAUUAUAUUUGUAAUUUUAUUUGGUGACAAGGAAGGAGAGUACAAAAAAACCACACAGACUUGGGCUGGAUACAGACAGCCCCACGUGGCAUCAUUCAUAGCAAGUCACUGUCCAGUGGCUGGAUCUGAAAGGACUGCCUUAUCCUGGAAGCCUGUGGGGAUGGAUGCAUGGGCAUGCUGGACCUUCCCUGAGGAUCAGGGGUGGGAAAGAGCAAUAGUAGCUGCUCCAUUGGUGUUUACAUUAACACCCAUCCACCCCUCAAGAAAAAGGGAGGGUCCACAAACUCUGGUUCAAUGAUCAGAAAGUCCAAGUCCUGGCCUCAGUGCAGCACCUGAGGAGCCUUUAACUGUAAUCAAGGCAAGUCUCUUUCUUCUCCCUGAGGCUCUGUUUUCUGUUUGAAAAAUGAGGGGUUUGGACCAGCCAGUCCAGAAGGUGUCAGCAUUCUAACGUACUGGGGCUUACUGCGACAGCAGACACACAGUGAAGCUUCUGUGUGAUGUGGGUGUUGUUUGUUUGUUUUAGCUGGGAGAUCUGAGACCCGGCUUUGGCGAGCACAGAUGCCAUUCCGUGUCACUUUAUUCAGUGAAAAAGCCUCAUUCCGUCCUGCCUCAGGGCCCCUUCUCCAACUUUGGUAGCAGAUACAUCUCCCGAUGUAGCCCUUGAGCUCCACUUAAUUCCUAUUUCUUAGUUCGCUUUGCACACAUCUGCAUCCACGUGUUAGGGAAGAAGAAUCCACAAGAAGUAGCUGAAGUGUGUGUUCUCCAUCCAGGUGUAAACCUUGAGAAUGAGCCUUGGAAUUGGGGGUGGGGCAAAUGACCACGCCCUGUCUCACCAGUGGGUUACCCUUUACUGUUGGGCAUGGUAAGGUAGCAGAGGGAUAAGUGAGGAGGGGAGGGAUGAUAAGGAAUCCAAGAAGUUUGGAAACAAAUUAUGACCUUCAGCUACAGAGGCAAGAGUCCAUUAGAGAAGAGGUUGGACAUUUUCUGUAGAUAAGAUGACUUACAUAAAGGAACUCUAUCAAAGGAGAGAGAAUAUGUAUCCAAUGGAUUAAAGAAUCUUGUGUGAGCUUCUGCAACAAGGCUCAUAGGCCUCGGGGACCAGCACUGUUUGUCUAUAUGUGGGGAGAGCAUGUAGCUUGUCCAGGAGACAGCAAAUGGCAGCGAGUUAUGGCAUCAUGAAGAGUGAGCAUCUGAAUAGCAUUUUGGCGUCAGACAACACAGUGCAAAGAGGUUAUUUGUGCUCCGCUCUUUUGGUGAUAUUUCAUGUUCAAUCUCAGGGCCUGUGGACAGUAAUGGGAAACACUGAACAUGCCUGACACGUUGUCACACAAGCAGUUGGUUCUUUACCAUUCAGAUAUUCCUAGGAUAUAUCAGAUAUAGCCGCCCAUGAUUUCAAGAUACUCCUGUUCGGUGAGCAUUCCUGGUCGGAAUGACUUAAGUGUUUUCCUAAUCACCUCCUCUGUGUGAGUUGGGCAACCAUGAAUUAAACGUGUUUUCCAGAAAGAAGUGGCCUAAGGCUGCCCAGAGCUUCCUGUGUUGUUAUUUCUGUUUUCUUUGGGUGAAAAUAACAAUUAUUUUAGGACAAGCAUGUUUCCAAAUGUAACAGCGUGAUGAUUAUUACCACAACUAAAGUUAGCUUCAGAACCUAGAACUUUUCUUUAGAUUUUAACAAUAUUUUCAAAAUGAGUAAGUUAUUACUAUUCUAAGAGUUAGAGUUCAUUUGUUUUCUAAUUGGGGAUUUUUAGGAACUUGUGGAGCCUCAACAGAACAGGCUGUCGAUUUCGUCUAGGUUCUAUUUAUAGGAAGCACAAAUUGGUAGAAUACCGGCUUGAUGGCAAACUAUUUACAGGACCAUUCAAACGCCUGACUUUUAUUGAAGGCAUUGGGUCUCAAAAUGUGGUCCCAGGACCCACAGCAUCAGUAUCACCCGGGAACUUGUUAGGAGUGAAAAUUCUCAGGCCUUCCCAACCUGCUGAGUCAGAAACUCUGGGAGCGGGCCCACAUUUUGUGUUUUAAUAGGCCCUGCUGGUGGAUCUGUUGCACGCUCAAGUUUGAGAAUCACUGAUUUAAGGAUUCAUGUAUCUGUCCUUCUGGCCUAGAAAGAAGCUCCCAGGAAGUCAUCUCAGUUACUCAAAGAUUACGAACAUACCUUGGCUGAUAGAUUAAGAAAACCAAAUACUCACAAAAUGGAAAUCUACUUUCGAUUCAUUUUCCAAGUCAAGUGAUCAGAGGCUCUUGGGUUCCCUCACAGCCACCAAUUCCCAUGAAAAACUAAAAGAAGU